AUGCCAAAGGAAAAUAAAGACAACUGUAGGGCCAUCUUCCUAGAGCUUGAAGACCUGGAGGAAGGCAGCUCGCUGGCCUCAGAGGUGACCUUACUUUGGGGGCCAGGAAAAGGAGAGGACAAACUCUGGAAGUGUUCAAGGCCAGGAGGACAUCAGGAUACAGAGGUGGAGAUGCUGGGGCAGGGAAGGGCUUCCUCAAGGGCGGGGGAAGGGAGAGAGACUGGACAACCUGAGACAAACUGGCAGCCAGCCAGCAGGACCCAGGCCGGCCAGGCAGUGAGGACCAAGAGACAGCCUGCUUCUGGGACACCAGACACGGCCUCUUCCCGAAGACCACAAAGCUCCAGCCAAAGGAGAAACCACCUGGGCCUCCCUAUACUCUUUCCUACUCAGGAGCCAGGAAUGUGCCGCCUCCUUCUGUUGCCCUGA